AAAGAAAAGAUGAGUUCCAUAGGCCAAAGCAUUCUCAUGGCUUUGACAGUAACGGUUAACAAAUACGCUUCUUCCAGUGUUCAAUCUGUACGCAGGAAUGAAUCCAAACGCGAUUCUUUAACUACUCAAACCGCUGAUUUAGGACGCAGAAACGUCAUCUUCUCCUCCACGUCCUUCAUCGCAGCCGCUUUGACCACCAGCGAUCAACUUCUCCAGAAGUAUUUGAAGAAGAGUGAGGAAAACAAAUCCAAGAAUGAUAAGGAGAGAUUGGACAGUUACUACAAGAGGAAUUAUAGAGACUACUUUGAGUUUGUGGAAGGAUCUACAAAGGGAAAGACAGAAGCUGAGCUCAGUGAGUCUGAGAAACAGAUUCUUGAAUGGCUCAAAGCCAACAAAUGAUGAUGAUGAUAAGUUUUUGUAUGUCUAUGAAACUGUUUUGUAAAAAAGGACUGCUCAGAAAAUUUAAAAAUCUUGCUUAAGUUUUGGUUGAAAAA